AUGAUUUUUAUUUUACUUGUACAAAUUACUUAGUCUUUAAGUAUCUCCCAAUUUUUAAAUCUUACUCCAUUUUAAAUAUAGGAAUUGAAAUUAGAAACACUCUAGGAAUACUUCAUAUCAGGUUCAACCUAAGGAUACGUAGGAUUUAAUGAAUAUUCUGAUUUAAUAGAGAAAUUGGCUAAUUCAUUUCCAAAAUAAGUAACAUUACAAUCAUAUGGAAAUACUUAUCAAGGAACUAAAAUAAAGACUAUUAAAAUAUCAGCAACCAAAUCUCCGAAAUAUCAAAUAACAAUUCUCGGUAUGUUGCGUGGUACUACUGAUUUAAUCUCAGUAAAUUAUCUACUCUAUUAAUUGUACUAUAUAACUAUAUAAUUAUGUAAUAAGAAUCAAUUUAUGAUGACUUUAUUUUCAGAUAAGUAAUUAAUAGUCACUCCUUUAAUCAAUGCAGAUGGACUUUAAUAUAUAACAACGUAAUUUAUUUAAAAUUAUGAAUUACCUAUCAUAUUCAAAAAUAGGAACCCAUCUAAUUAACAUCUAUGUUCUUAAACAGAAUAUGGGGUAGAUCUUUCAAGGAAUUUCUAAUACAAAUUUGGAUUCAAUGAAAUAGGAUCAUCUUCAAAUAAAUGUAGUCAAAUCUAUAGAGGAAGAAGUGCCUUUUCUGAAUCUGAAACUUUGACGAUAGAUAAUUUAAUUUAAUAAAUUAGACCUAAUAUUAUAAUUGUAAUUGGAGGUGAUUUUGAUAAUUUAGUUAUUCCUGAUUCUAAUUCUGAUACUUAUGAUGAAUUGCUCUAUUUCAUCACCAAAUAAUACAAUCUUAAUAUGGGAGAUUAUUAAACCUUAUAUCAAAAUGAAAUAAAUGGUGAUUUAUGUCAAAAUUAUAUCUAUCAAAUCAAUAAAAUAUGUUUCACCAUUAAUAUUGGAUAACAUGAAUUAAAUCAUACAAUCUUUUAUUUCUAAAAUCUUUUAUUAGAUUUCUUAUCACAUUAUAGUCCCUCACUUAAGUAAAUGAUAUUAACAUAUUUAGAAUCUAAUAUGAAACCGGAUUUAAUUGUUAAAAUAGCAAAUCACUUUGUAAUAAACUUUAGUCCAAUGAGAAAGGUUGUGUGAUCAUCAUUUCUGUUUAGAAUAUAGGUUAUAAUCAAUAUAAUGACAAUAUUAUUAUGGAUAUUACAUUAAAUUAAGGAGGUGAGAAAUUAUAUUAAAUCGAUUCUUAUUUAAUAGCUUAGAAUAUCAAAAACUAUAGUGAUCCAAAAUUAUAAAAUGGUAUUAAGAUUGAUGAAAUAUCUAUAGAUAAAGUUUAUAGAUAUUAAAUACUUAAUUAAAGUAGAUUAAGUGAGAACCAGACUAUUUAUUUCAUUUUUUUAAUUACUCAAUAUGGAUUCUCUUACAAUUACAUUAAUACAGUUGAAUCAAUCAAUUUAACAUUCUCCCUAUAAAACACCUUAUUAAAUUCUUAUGUGUUCUAAAUAUUGAAACCUUCUGAUUUAGCCUCCAAAUACUCAAAUGAAUAACUUCAAUAGAUAUUUCCUAAUCGAUCUGAAUCAUAUGUUUUAUUAAUAGGUUUUGCUGUAAUCUCAAUCAUUUUCUUUUUUUCUUGGAUUAUUAGAAAAAUAUACAUUUUGAUUUAUAAUCCUCAUUAAUUUACAGAAGAAAGUAAAUCAAAAAGUGGAGGAUCCUCAGACGAAAAGAAUUUAGAUUAAUAUCACUCACAUAAUCUAGUUGAAAGUAGAUUAAAUACAUAAGUUAAAUUUUCUUAAAUUGUACCAUUCUAAUCUAUAAGAUAAAAUGAUUCACCUAGAACAUCUAGUAAUUAAGCAUAAACAAAUUAGGAGAUUAAAUUACUUAAUUGUAAUCAAGCUCUACCCUAAUUAAAUCCUAUUGAAAUUUAAAAUAGAGUGCAUAAAGCAUUAGAAAUAGUUUAAUCAUAAGAUAAUUUCAAUUAAAUAGAAUAAUAAUUAGAAUAGAAAGAAGAUUUCCAUUAAAAUUACUAUAAUAAUUAGUAAUAACAAUCAAACUAACAUCAAGUUGAAGAAGCACUUGUUAAUACACCAAAUAUGUAAUAUCAAAAUUAAAAUGAAGAUUAAUUGGUUAAAUUUGAUGAUUGA